CCCGCGCGAGCUUAGUAGGACCAUCGUAAUAAUUACUUUGUUUAGUCAAGUGUUAGUGAGGUGGCGUCGGUGAUUAAAUCGUCUCUAAUUGAUAAAUUCAUCAAAAACCUGGAACCAAGUACUCCCGGGUAUAUAUAGAUAAAUUAAUGUCAAUGAUGCAUUCGAGUAGCCUACAGGAGCACCGAACGAAUCCUGCCACCGCUUCUGCUGCACCGAACGACAGUCCGCCGAGAUCAUCCUGCUGCGAAAGAGACUGCGAACUGGUUGACGAAGUCAACAGAAAUGACCCGAACGGACAAAAUAAUUCCGGAGGACAACAAUGCUCCACCGGACAACCACUUUCCUUGGCUCUCGAAGACAGGGAUCUGUGGACCAGGUUUCAAUGCAUCACCAACGAGAUGAUCGUCACCAAAAAUGGAAGGCGGAUGUUUCCUGUGGUCAAAGUCGUUGCACGAGGGCUGGAGCCGGCGGCCAUGUACACUUUACUUCUGGAGUUCGUCCAGGUCGAUCCUCACAGGUGGAAAUACGUAAACGGGGAAUGGGUACCUGGAGGAAAAGCGGAAGUAGCUCCUCCCAAUCCGAUCUACAUUCACCCAGAGAGUCCGAAUUUUGGUGCUCACUGGAUGAAAGAGGCGGUGUCAUUUGCUAAGGUCAAAUUAACGAACAAAUCGAACGGUAACGGACAGAUAAUGCUCAACUCUCUUCAUAAAUAUGAGCCCAGGGUUCAUUUGGUGAGGGUCGGCGCCGAAGAGCAAAGAACGGUCCUGACCUACAGAUUUCCCGAGACACAAUUCAUCGCGGUAACGGCUUACCAAAAUGAGGAAGUAACGAGUCUGAAAAUAAAGUACAAUCCGUUCGCAAAAGCAUUCUUGGACGCAAAAGAGAGACCAAGUGACACGCAAUCGUAUCCGCAAUACACUGGUCCUUGGUUUUUACCACAGCCGACAAUGGGCUACGAAUACAAUCCUGCGUCCGCUAUUGCCGUAGCUCAAAGUCAGCCUCAGGGAGGGUCACCAAGUCUGUCUACCUCGAUGUCGGUCAAUCAUAAGAACGCCUGCAGACCUGGGCCCUACACUCUCAGGCCAAAGUACAUUCAAGAUGAGCAACACGUCGAUCCCUACGGUCCAGUUCUGCUUCAUUCAAGCGCAGCCUACGCUGGCUGGGCACCGCGAAGUCCUGAAACAUUGUCUGCAGGUCCUCUUCAGGACUGGCCCCCGGCUUCGCCGUCACCCUCGUCGUCGACAUCGUCGCCCUAUGGUCAUUCCUCCUCGGCAACGACGACUACUACGACUUCGUGCACGUUAUAUGUUCCAUCUGCCGCCCCCUGCAGCACUCCGACCCACGGUCACACGCACUGCAGUGAACCGACAGGCUGGUUGCAUUCUGCGGCCUCUCCAAGUGACCAGAUGCAGCAGCAGUACCUGAAUCUCAAUCUACAUCUUCAUCAUCAAAUCUCACCUUACCCGCCAACCAGUCCUAGUCUCCAUCAAUCUCUUCAUACAACUAAUGAAACUGGCCCAGAAAAUGACGAAUCUCCGCAUGAUUAUCAUUCCGAAUUUCAUCAUCCCGCACCCCCUCUGCACCCGCAUCAACAUCAUCAUCCUCAACUACAUUUACAACAUCCACAGGGAACCCCAUCCCCUUCUUCAGUUGCCGAGUAUGAUGCACCGAAGGAGCUUCAUAGCAAUAUCAACUGUGCUGAACAAAAUAAUCCUGAGGAUGAUGCGUCGAACGGUGUGGAUGCCGGUCGACGAUUUUCCAGCAUCGUUGAUCAUCACCAUCGACAACAUCAUCAUCAACAACAGCUACAAUUACAGCAACAACAACAGCGGCAACAGGACGUACAGGCGACUGCGGAACAUCAAUCGAGUUGGUCACCCUUGACGCCCACACCACCCCCGCAAACUACCGCUAUCUGACCAUAUGUGCCGUAGGAAAAAUACUAGCACAAGACUCGAAAUAGAUUUUUCAAUCUAUUCUUUAUUCGAGUAUGGAAGGAUGUAGGAAAUUUUGAUUUUCCGGUGAUAUGGGACCCCGUACUUUGUAAUAGAAGGCCGAAAUUUUUACAAAAGACAAUGGCGCGAAACUGAACUCUAACAUUAUUGUAGUACUACGAUUGAUCUGUUUAGCUUUAUUACGCGUUACAUCAUUGAUAACGUCAAUGGAAAUCCGUCCAGUUCGAUGAGAAAAUUUAGUGAUGCUAGAUCUGAUCGUCGUGUCACCUGUAAAUAAAUUAUAGCUGAAAGUAGAAUAGGGAUUUAUAACGAUAAUAGGAAUUAAAAGUCCGCCUCCUAGAACAGCAUAAUAUUUAGCUGUCGUAUUGACCUGAAAAUGUGUGUGAAAAUUGGGUACAUUUUUAUCAAAUUCAAGGAAGAGAAUGGUGAGAAUAUUAUCUUGGAAGAUAACGUUUCGAUGUUACGUUUUCACUCUACAUUUGCUAUUAAUAAAACGAUAAGUGUUCCUUGUUGAUAAUUUUGAUUAACAUGUAAAUACUGUAAAGCCUAUUGGCGACUGGAAAGUUCCGGGUGUAGAAGCAUAAGGGGUGUAUCUAAUGAUAAAAAUAAAGAGAGAAUUAAACGAA